AUGUACAGAAAUGUAGAGGUUCAAAUUGGCCAAAUUGCUAGUUCCUUGAAUAAUCGAAAUCAAGGGGAAUUACCUAGCAAAACUGAGGUCAAUCCUAAAGAACAUGUUAAGGCCAUUACUCUUCGUAGUGGUAAACAAUUGGAAGAUCCUCCAGUGAGCGGAGGUAAGAAGGAUGAGAGUGAAGAAAAUGCUGAAAAACAGAGGAACCAAGAGGCAACUAUGGAGGGAAAUAGUCGGCAGAAUCCAAGAGAAACACAGCCAUCAUCUUCCACUAACAUUCCAAUACCUCCUGCGGUUCCAUUUCCUCAAAGAUUAAAACAGAAUAAGUUUGAUAAAGAUUUUGAAAAAUUUGUUAAAAUGUUCAAACAAUUGCAUAUUAACAUUCCUUUUGCUGAUGCUAUAUUGCAGAUUCCAUCUUAUGCGAAAUUUCUCAAAGAAAUCAUGACACGAAAGAGGAAGUUGGAAGACUGCGAGACAAUAGCAUUAACGGAGGAGUGUAGUGCAAUUAUACAAAAUAAACUACCACCGAAAUUGAAGGAUCCAGGAAGUUUCUCUAUACCUUGCACCAUAGGUAGUAUUAAUUUUUCUAAAGCAUUAUGUGAUCUUGGUGCUAGUGUAUCAUUGAUUCCUUUAACGGUGGCUAGACAACUAGGUUUGCAUGAACUUAAACGAACUAAUAUUACCUUGCAGUUAGCGGACAGGUCUAUUAGACAUCCAUUAGGAGUGUUGGAAAAUGUAUUGAUAAAAGUUCAAAAAUUUAUCAUUCCAGUGGAUUUUGUGGUGUUAGAUAUGGAAGAGGAUGUAUCUAUGCCAAUUAUUCUUGGUAGACCGUUUUUAGCUACUGCAGGUACUAUUAUUGAUGUUAAAAAUGGCAAACUCAAGUUUCAAAUAGGUGAAGAAGAGGUAGAGUUUAAUUUGCAUGAAAUGGAAAAAUACCCUUCUUUUACCGAUCAUGCAUAUUCUAUCGGCACAAUUGAAAAACUAACUCAAGAGCUGAGCCAAGUCAAUUUUGACUUCGAUCCUCUUGAGUAUUGUUUAAUGAGUUCAGGUAUGCAAGAUGGAGAUUCUGAAGAAAUUGAAGAAUUGGUCAAGUAUUUGAAUUUUCAAGCACCUUAUAAACGGGGUAAUGUAUACGAGAGUCUUGGCCAAGGAAAAGGGUUUUCACAACCUUCAGAAAUUGAACCUCCAAGGUUAGAGCUUAAGCCACUUCCAACUCAUCUAAGGUAUGAAUUUCUUGGAGAGAAUAGCACUUUACCUGUAAUUGUUAGUGCUGACCUUGAUGAUGAGCAGUGUACUAAAUUGCUAAGAGUUCUAAGGAGGCGUAAGAAGAAUGAAAUUCUUAAGUGGCUUGACGCAGGUAUAGUUUUUCCUAUCUCAGAUAGUGUUUGGAUUAGUCCAAUUCAUGUGGUACCAAAGAAAGGUGGAAUGACUACAAUCAUGGGUAAAAAUGAUGAAUUAAUUCCAUCUAGACUUGUGGUAGGGUGGAGAGUGUGUAUUGAUUAUCGUAAGUUAAAUACGGUAACAAGAAAAGAUCAUUUUCCCUUACCAUUUCUUGAUCAAUUAUUGGAGCGAAUAGCUGGAUAUGAAUUUUACUGUUUUCUUGAUGGUUUUUCAGGAUAUAACCAAAUAGCUAUAGCUCCAGAGGAUCAAGAAAAGACCACAUUUACAUGUCCUUAUGGCACUUUUGCCUUUAGAAGAAUGCCAUUUGGUUUAUGCAAUGCUCCUGCAACUUUUCAACGAUGCAUGAUGGCUAUUUUUUCGGAUUAUAUUGAAAAAAUUAUGGAGAUAUUUAUGGAUGAUUUUUCUGUGUAUGGUUCAUCUUUUGACCAUUGUCUUCAUAAUUUGGAAUUGAUUUUGCAGAGAUGCGAGGAAACAAAUCUUGUACUGAAUUGGGAGAAAUGCCAUUUUAUGGUAAAAGAAGGAAUUGUCUUAGGACACAAGAUUUCCUCCAAGGGAAUUGAGGUGGAUCAAGCCAAAAUAGAAGUCAUCGAAAAAUUGCCACCCCCAAGCAAUGUCAAGGGGAUAAGAAGUUUUUUAGGACAUACUGGUUUUUAUAGACGUUUUAUUAAAGAUUUUUCUAGAAUAGUAAAACCAUUAUGUGAUUUAUUAUGUAAAGAUACCCCUUUUCAAUUUGAUGACAAUUGUUUGGUUGCAUUUGAAAGGUUGAAGAAGGAAUUGAUUUCAGCCCCAAUUAUAACUUCGCCCGAUUGGUCACUACCAUUUGAAUUGAUGUGUGAUGCAAGUGAUUAUGCGGUUGGAGCAGUUUUGGGACAAAAGAAAGAAGGACGGUUGCACGUCAUUUACUAUGCUAGCAAGUUGCUAAACGAGGCACAACUCAAUUACGCAACUACAGAAAAAGAGCUAUUGGCAGUGAUAUUUGCUUUGGAUAAAUUUAGAUCUUAUUUAGUAGGAUCUAAAGUUAUUAUAUAUACGGACCAUGCGGCUCUUAAAUAUUUGUUACGUAAAAAAGAUGCAAAACCAAGACUAAUUCGGUGGAUUCUUUUAUUGCAGGAAUUUGAUGUGGAGAUAAAAGACAAAAAGGGAUCGGAGAAUUUAGUUGCAGAUCAUCUAUCACGUUUGGAAUAUAUCCCAGUCAAAGAUCAAGUUCCGAUCCAAGAGAAUUUUCCGGAUGAGUUUGUCCUAGCACUUAGCAACUCUCCAUGGUAUGCAGAUUUCGCUAAUUAUUUGGUGGUCAUUUUAGCACUUCAAAGACUGCAGCAAAGGUGGAAGGAGAUUACUUGA